CACGGAAGGAACGGACUGGUCGCGGCUCACGGUCGCGGGUUCGACCGACCGCCCUUAGCGCGCUUCCCGACGCCUCCCGGUGGCUCCACCGCUAUAUUACCGACAGCGACUAUACGCCGACAGCGGAGUGUUUCCGCGCACGCCGUGAGCGCGCCUCGGACCCGGUGACACGACGAUGCACUGUUUGACGCUGCUCUCGCUGCUCCGGCCCGUGGGCCCCGUCAUCGUGGGCAUCUCCCUGGGCUUCACCCUCAGCCUGCUCAGCGUCACCUGGGUGGAAGACCCCUGCGACCCCGAAGGACUCGGGCACGCCGGGCUCGUCACCGGCGGCGGCGGGCUCGAGCUCGGGGACGGGGACGCGCGGGCCCUCGACGGGAACGCGAAGGGCGCGCGCAGACCCAGCUCCAUCUCCAUCUCCAGCAUGGACACGGAGGAGGACUUCGAACCCCGGAUCGUCCCGUACAAACCGGGCACGCAGCCCCAGAGCCAGGCCAAAAAAGUGUUCAGGGCCAAAUACAUCAGCACCGAGCUUGGGAUCCGGGAACGGCUCUUCGUGGGGGUCCUCACCUCCAGGAGCACCGUCGACACGCUGGGCGUGGCCAUGAACCGCACCAUCAGCCAUCACUUGGACACCGUGGUCUUCUUCACCGGCAUGCGCAACCGCAAAGUCCCGCACGGCAUGUUUGUGGUGGCGCACGGCGACGAUCGCCUCAUCUGGAACAUGUUCCAGACCAUCAAGUACGUGCUGGAGCACUACGCGGGCGAGUACGACUGGUUCUACUUCAUCCAGGACGACGCCUACCUGGAGGCGGACCGCAUCAAGGCCCUGGUGGGGCAUCUGAGCGUGAGCCUGGAGCUCUACAUGGGGCGGCCCGAGGAGUUCGUCGGCGGCGAGAGGCAGCGUCGCUACUGCAACGGCGGCUUCGGUUACCUCCUGUCCCGCCCGCUGUUGCUGCGGCUGCAGCCCUUCCUGGAGACCUGCCGCAACGACAUCCUGAGCUCCGGCCCGGACGAGUGGCUCGGACGCUGCGUCGUCGAUUCCACCGGCGUCAACUGCGUGGACCGGCACGAGGAUCUGCGGUACCUCCAUUUCGAACUGGGUCAAAACUCUGAUCCCAGCAAGGAAGAAAGCGAGCACUUCGAGAACGCCAUCUCCGUCCACCCCGUGUCCGACCCGGAGCAGAUGUACAGGCUGCACAGGCACUUCACCGAAAUCGAGCUGCAGAGGACGUACAAGGAGAUUGAGAAACUACAGGCAGAAAUAAGAAAUGUGAGCGAGGAGGCGGUCGAUGGCAACCGCAGUACCCAUUGGCCUGUUGGGGUCAAUCCUCCGUUUGAACCGAAAACUCGCUUUGAGGUCCUCAGAUGGGAUUACUUCACCGAAGAGCUGAUCUACACCUGCCUCGAUGAGUCCCCAAAGUGCGAACUUCGUGGAAUUGACAAGAUGGACAUCAACGACGUCAUUGAGACCGCUAUGGGUGAGCUGAACAAGAAGUACAAGCCAGUCCUCUACUUGAAGAAGCAGCAGCUCAUCAACGGUUACAGGAGAUUUGACCCCACCCGGGGCAUGGAGUACACCCUUGACCUUCAAGUGGAGGUGGUCAACCAGAAGGGAAGGAGUCGCUCCAUCACCAAGCGUGUUCACCUGGUGCGCCCUUUGAGUCGUAUUGAGAUCAUACCCAUGCCGUAUGUCACCGAGGCGACCAGAGUUCACGUAAUCCUACCAAUGACGGUGCAUGACAGAGAAUACGUCGGCCAGUUCCUCGACGUCUACGCCACCCAGUUCUUUGAGACGAGUGAGAACGCCGUGUUGACUUUCCUCUUUAUCUAUGACCCUUUCGAAGCCCAGCAGGUCAACCAGCACGACAUUUUCUCUGAGGUUAAAGGGAAAAUCACGAGCUGCGAGCGCAAGUACCCCACUGUCAAAAUCCCAUGGAUUAGUGUCAAGACAGAAGCGCCUUCUCAAAUCAAGAUCUUGGACAUCAUUUCCAAGAAGCACCCAGUGGACACACUUUUUUUCAUAGCUCACGUCAACACCAACGUCAACUCUGAGUUCCUCAACCGCUGCCGCAUGAACUCCAUCAACAACUGGCAGGUGUUCUUCCCCAUCCACUUUCAGGACUACAACCCCGAAGUCGCCUACCACAACCAGGAGCCUCCGGUCUCACCCACCUUGAGCAAAGACGCAGGGUACUUCGACCGCAACGUCUUUGACGAGGCGUGCUUCUACAACUCGGACUACAUGGCCGCGCGCAGCCGCAUGGCCGCCGACGUGCAGGAGAACGAGGAUCUCCUGGAGACUCUCGAUGUGUAUGACAUGUUUGUCAAAUACUCGGGCCUACAUGUGUUCCGCGCCGUAGAGCCAGCGUUGCACCAGAAGUACCGGCACCAGACGUGCGACCCGCGCCUGAGCGAGGAUAUCUACCACAGGUGCAUCCAGAGCAACUUGGAGCGGCUCGGCUCCCGUUCUCAGCUCGCCGUGCUGCUCUUCGACCAAGAGCAGGGCAACAGUACUUGACCGUGGAUGGAAUUCCGGUGAGAUAUCGUGUCCCGGAAGCACUUCCAUGUUGUAUACGUUCCGGAAUAUUUCCCAAGCAACACGUGUGCUCUUGACUCGGACUAAUUGCAAUUCCAAUUGUUUUGCUUGGACCAAAGCGGCACCAAAGGCGCUAUUUUUGCGUCACUUGUCUUCGGCUCCUUUGAAGAAGGACAUUCUGUCAAAGGUCACUCUCAUUCAAGUUUCAUUGCACCUCGUCGGUGGAUUUUGAUGGUACGAAAAUAAAUGUAGAAACUUUGAAACAGAGCUGCAUUGCAUAUGUGCAGCUGCCUUUGGUGGUUACGAAACAAAAACCUCUCUGGAUAAUCACUACCAACACAUUUUUUGUGCCUUUUGGGAUCUCCCAAUCUUUCGUCAUAUACAGUAAUUGCAGUAUAUUAUACAUUUUAUACGUAUUUUAAUUGAAAUGUUACUUGAUUUUGUUUGAUGCAAAUGUGUCCACUAAUAUAUAAACUACUUCAUAUAAUAUGUGUUUUUAAGGACUGAAGGUCAAGUU